UUAUGUCAAAUGGGAGGGACCAAUGUUUGUUGCUUGCUUUCCCGCUCCAGCUUGCGUCAGCAGCUGUUUGAGUGAUGGAGUUUCAACGAGCGUUGGAUCUUAACACCAUCCCGCAGGGGCUGUGACACAGGGCCUGGUGCAGUUUGGCAGGUGCAGUUAUGGUGUGGCACAACAUGAUGACUGAGUUACAGGUUCUACAGCCUUCUCUACAGGGUAUGCCACUGUCUUUGAGCCAAAUAGGACAGAGCUGUGGGGCAACUCAAGAAAGUGACAUUUUCCCAGAGGACAGACGACACCUUUCCCAAGGCCCACUUGAUUUGGAACAAAGCCAACCAGUAAACAUUCCAGAUGUGGCAAAAAGAAAGAAGAAGAAAAGAACUAAGGCAACAGAGAGCUUUACGGGCACUUUCCAUGAGCUCUACAAGCUGACAGAUGAAGUCCUUGGUCAGGGUGCUUAUGCCAAAGUUCAAGGAUGCAUAAACAUGCAGAAUGGACAGGAGUUUGCUGUUAAGAUAAUAGAAAAAACUGCAGGUUACAGCCGCAGCCGUGUUUUCCGAGAAGUGGAGACACUCUACCAGUGUCAGGGAAACAAGAAUAUUUUGGAGUUGUUCCACUUCUUUGAAGACAGCACCUGCUUUUAUUUGGUAUUUGAAAAGCUCCGUGGAGGUUCAAUUCUCACACAUAUACAAAACCGUAAGCACUUUGAUGAGUUGGAGGCCAGUAAGGUGGUCAGAGAUAUUGCCCUAGCCCUUGACUUCUUACACACUAAAGGCAUUGCUCAUCGAGACCUCAAGCUAGAGAACAUCUUGUGUGAAUUUCCAAAUCAGGUGUCACCUGUGAAGAUUUGUGACUUUGACCUGGGCAGUGGAGUGAAGCUAAGCAGUGCCUGUACUCCUAUAACAACCCCAGAGCUCACCACACCUUGUGGCUCAGCCGAGUACAUGGCUCCAGAAGUGGUGGAAGUCUUCACUGAUGAGGCCUCCUUCUAUGACAAACGCUGUGACCUCUGGAGCCUCGGAGUCAUCCUCUACAUCCUGCUGAGUGGUAGCCCACCAUUCACAGGUCACUGCGGCACUGACUGCGGCUGGGAUCGAGGAGAAACCUGCAGAACCUGUCAGAGUAAUCUGUUUGAAAGCAUCCAGCAGGGGAAGUACGAGUUUCCAGACAAGGACUGGUCUCACAUCACAGACAAAGCCAAGGAUCUCAUCUCUAAGCUCCUUGUACGAGAUGCUACACUUCGCCUAAGUGCUGCUGAGGUUUUAAACCACCCAUGGGUGCAAGGGGAUGCCCCAGAGAGAGGUCUUCCCACCCCUCACGUUCUACAAAGGAACAGUAGCACCAAAGAUUUGACCCUGUUUGCAGCAGAAGCCAUUGCCUUUAACCGUCAGCUGUCCCAGCAUGAUGAGCAGCAGGAGGAGGAGGGGGUGGCGGUGAUCGUCUGCUCCAUGAGACUUUCUCCUCCGUCCAACUCCAGGCUGGCUCGUAGAAGAGCAGAGUCCAAUGCCCUUCGCUCCCAGGACUUCACUUCUUCCUUUGACGACCCUGCAGCCUGAAGGAGCAGUACAAGUCCACAGUCAUAUCUUUUAAGCUUCCGCCUUUCCCUCAAUUGGUUUCCAAUGAUCUAGAAAGCAUCUUAAAUUUAAAUUUAAUUUUUCCACAUUUUAAAACUGUUUGACACUAGAAAAAGGCUGUAAAGUGACAAAAUGUGGAAAACGUCAUCACCAUGAACUUUGCGUUUCACGGGAUUUUCACUUCUUUUUUUUUUUUUUUAACUCACUGUGACAGCACUAAGGUGACAGUUAUUUGUUACCACCUCGCUGGUUAAUAUGCCUGGUAUUUGAAAAACAUACAAAGUCUUUAAAUAUUUAUUUAUUUACAAUAUUUUAUACAGUUUAUAACAUUUUCUUUUGUCUCAGACUGUGAAUUGACUGUUACUUAAGUGUUACUGCAGGAAAAACAGUCUUAUUUUUUAAUUCUGUAUGCAGUCUGAAGAUAAGACAAAAAUCCACUACAAGUAUAAGAGGAUUCAAAAAGUAUGUUGCAAAUAAUUUGCAAGUUAUUCCAGCCUACACGGAAACAUACUUAAUUUAGGCCAAUAAAGUAAUGUUUUUAUUUGUAGCUAUUUCCUGUCACCACCAGCUUCCAUUAGCACCAACAUAAGCUACUGAUUUAGCCAAAGGGAAAAUAUUUAAGUGGCUCUUACAAUAAGAGUUUUAUAGCUCUCUUAGAACUGUAUUUUUAAAGCAGGUUUUAAAACUUUACCUCAGACUCUGAUUUGCACCAUGUCUCCACAUGUUCUUAGUGUAAAAAAACACCAUCCCUGAAAGUCUGGUUCUCCUUCCAUUCUACUGGACCUGCACUUACAGUAACAACAUAUCAUGGAUUAUUAAGUCUAAAUGAUGUGAAUGCGUUGAGUAUUCUUUGGUUUCUAGUUUUAUGUGAAGAUAAGGAUACCAUACUGAAUUAAGAGAUGUUUAUUUUUAUAAACCAUAGUUUGUCAUCUUUCUGUUUGUUCUGUGGAUUCUUAUUAUUCGGUUGGUUUGGGUCUGUGAAUGUGUCAGUUGGAAAAAAAAAAUCAGUUAACUAAAAAUGAUGUAUAUAUUUACCAAUAUUACUAGUAUAUUUACUGAUUUUGAUUGAUGUACUGUAUGUAGACAGAGCUAACUAGUGGUGUGAAAGAUUAAUGAACGGUUAAAUGAAAGAAAAAAAAGUGUUGAUGUAUUUUCAUCGUGACUACAUACAGUAAUUGCAACAUUUAUUUAUGCCAUUUUAUCAACACUGUAUUUUUAUUAUUUUUAUUUCUGGACACGCUGUUUUAAUCUUCAUCUUCCACUACUGUAUCCUUUUACUGUUACUUUAAUGCUUUUUCCAAUCCGAUUUACCAGCGCCACCAGGGCCAGGCCAUUGCUAUAGCAACAAAUGGCCUUUACAGAAUAGCAGGGAUUAAAGGUGAUGUUUCUGAGCUCAUACACACAUUAAAGAAGAACUGAUUACCAGGUUAGAGCACUCUCACGAAUCAUAAAACUCUCUCCCUCUCUCUGUCUCAUUACCCUGUGCUGACAGUGAGUGAGAUUACUGGGAGCUAAUUGGUUUGGAAUUAUUUCCUAAUGUUAACUGUUAGUGAACUCACUUCUUAGCAGUCUUCCUGUCAACAAUGACUCUUAUAAUUUGAGUUUUACCUUCUUAAUAAAACAAACUGUCCAACA